CUCAAAAGAGUAGCUGGUUUACACUCUUUUGUCACACGAAUAUUGGAUAUAUUGAGGUUUCCUACUGCUCUUGAAACAACGCGCGCUGUCCGUUGGGAUUGUUACUUAUCAUUAAUGUAGUUCUCUAGCUGAUAUUGUGUAACUGCUUUUCAAGACGUUACAUCUAAAAGUAUCUUGACGUCAAAGUUCCAUACUUGUCAUUCCUUAAUAGAAAUGGUUAAUAGUAAAUGUCCGCCAAAGAAGUACACGUGUCCGAUUCAGAUUAAAUGUCUUUCUUGUAAGCAUGAAGAAAACAUUACUCCAGUUUUUGAUUCAUCAAAUCUUACGUCUGAAAUGAACUGUCCCAUUAAUUUGAGUCCAAUUGCUUUGGAUUGUGAAAUGGUUGGGGUUGGACUCGAAAAUUCUAAUGCUUUAGGACGCAUUAGUAUUGUUGACUAUGAGGGAAAAGUUUUAUGUGACAUCAUAGUUAAACCUGAAGGAGAAAUUUCUGAUUAUCGCACUAAAUGGAGUGGAAUACGUCAAGAAGAUAUGUCUCGUGCAAUGCCCUAUUCCUAUGUUCGAGAGCAUGUUGAAAAAAUCAUACAUAAUCGCAUUGUGGUAGGGCAUAUGCUGAAGAAUGACUUCGCUGUGUUAAAUAUGAAGCAUCCUCCUCAUUUGGUACGUGACACUUGUAGGGUUCCAUACCCUAAGUUACUUGCUGGUUUUCCGACGAAACCUCAGAUUGGCCUAAGAGCCCUUACUCUCCGGCUUUUCGGUAUUAAUAUUCAAAAUGCUGAACAUUGUUCAAUUGAAGAUGCUCGUGCAUCCAUGGCAAUUUAUCGAUUAGUUCAAGAUAUAUGGGAAGCUGAUUUACUGAAAACAACUAAAAAUAAUUAAAAAAAAUUGAAGCCUACUUUAAAUGAUAAUAAUGAAACAACAUGUUAUACAAAGAAUUGUCAAGAAGUUAUAUCGUCUUCAUCAAUAUCAUAGGCACUUUUGAUACUGUUUUUUUUAUUUGUAUAUAUGUUUUUCAAAAGUGUCCAAUAAAAUCAGUUAACCAUAUCAAGAUU